GAUCACAGGUUUGAAUCCCCAUCGUGCUGAAAAGAAAAAUCGAAAUGAAAACAAUUGUCAUCUUGUUUGCCAUUUCCUUCGUCGCCGUCUUGGGUCAUCGAGAAUGGACAGAGGAAGAAAGAAAACAAUUUGAAGAGUAUAAAGAAUCAUGCAUAAGUGAAUCUGGUGUCGAUAGAAAUGCAGUUGCAAAGAGAGGGGAAACAGAUGAAAAUGACGAAAAAAUAAACUGUUUCAGAACUUGUUUAUUAAAGAAAUACGGAACUUUGAAUGCGGAUGGAGAAUUUAAUGUGGAAGUGGCUCGUGUUAAUCUGGCAAAAUAUGAGGCAUCGGAAGAAAAAAUUGAAGAAGUAAUUAAUGCAUGUAAAGACGUCACUGGAACCGGUUGUGAAAAGGGACGCAAUGUGUUUAAAUGUUUAAUGCAAUUCAAGGACCAUCAUCAUGAUACGCAUCUUGAUUAAGCAAACCAAAUUCCGCAAGAAAAUCUAAUUGGACUUACAGAAAGAGAUUUUAAUGUCAUCUAUCGUCUAUUAUGCUUUAGAUGACAUUAAAAUAUUAUCUUGCACUUGUGUCAGUUAUACAAAGCGCUGUAUUGAUAAAAAAAUAAAUACACGUUUCGUUUCA